CCCUUUCAAAAUAGACAAACAUACCCUAAGCGAAAGGCCGAGGGAAAAGAUGAGGCACUCAUGGCCACGUCCACCAGGGUCACUCGGAGCUCCACUCGCCGAGCCAACUCCAACUCUUCCUUGCCGCCGGCUGAUUUACCUACUGAGAAAAUGAAUAAAGCAGCGGGAAAGAAGAAGUUGAAGACUGAAGGGAAACAAGAGACCGAGACUAACGCCGAGGCAGUGAAAGAAGAGUCUAAGAAGGAGGAGAAUGGUGACGAUGAGACUAGGAAGACCAUUGUGAUUGAACACUGCAAACAAUGCACAUCAUUCAAGACAAGGGCUAUACAGGUGAAAAAUGGUCUAGAGAAUGCUGUCCCUGGCAUCAAUGUGCUACUUAACCCUGAUAAGCCUAGAAGGGGUUGCUUUGAAAUAUGGGAGGAAGGUGGAGAAAAGUUCAUCAGUGUUCUGGACAUGAAUAGACCAUUUAAACCAAUGAAGGAUCUUGACAUGGAAAAAGUCAUCUCAGAUAUAAUUGACAAGAUCAAAUGAUGAGCCAUAAGCCAUUGGACUGCAAGUGUACUUUGGUUGCAGAGAGUACUUUGUUGAGUUGGAAAUUAACCAAGCUAACAUGACUCUGAAGUGGAAACAGUGGAAACCUCUGAACUCGGUUAUUUUGAUUUUGUUUGUAGUUUAUUUGUUGUGAUAGCAUCAAGGUCAUUAUCACUAUGAAUAAAUUAUUUUGGAUAUAUUCUUGGUAAGCACAAUGAUGUACCAAUGCACAGAACUGCAUUUCAA